UCUGUGAGUAGUUCCUGAAGGCAGCAGCUCAGUUCAGUCAGCUGUCACAACCUGAGAGAGGCGAACACAGGGAGAGAAGAACACACUCACUCACAGCGAAAAUGUCUAAUUUCUCCAACAAGUUCGGCGCUCACACGAUGACGCAGCUCAACGAAUUCCUCGAGGACGACGAGAAACUGACGAAAAUGAUCCAGGAAAUGGACGAGAUGCAGGGCGUCCAGCAGAGCAAAGACAUGACACUCGCCAACAACCGGACCCUGGCUGAGAAGAACCUGGACCUGCAGCCCAGACUGGAGCACAAGAAGGAGCAGCUCACCAAGCGCUACAGCUGUCUGCAGGAGCGCUUCGAGUCCUACCAGCUUCGCAAGUCCACGCUCGACCACAACUCGGGAAACUCCUCCCUGGACACGUUGCUGGCCCUGCUGCAGGCGGAGGGAGCCAAAAUAGAGGAGGAGACAGAGAACAUGGCCGACUCCUUCCUGGACGGCGACAUGACCCUGGACGCCUUCAUCGACGCUUAUCAUAAUAAGAGGAAGUUGGCCCACUUGAGAAGAGUAAAAAUCGAGAAGCUUCAGGAGAUGGUGAUGAAGGGCCAGCGUCUCCCUCAGGUGUCGGUUCCCAGCUCCCGAUCUCAGGACGUGUCGGCCGCGGCCUCCCUCCUCAGCGACUCCAGCAACGGCUCCUCCCCUGUCCCUCAGCCCAGGAGGAAACCUCCUCUCCCUCCUUCACAGCCAGCCCCGAUUCUAAAUCCCAACCAAGCAUCGACGGACGCUCCUCUGCCUCCCGUCUUCUACUCCGCUUCGCCAUACCCGCCGAUUCCUCCCAGGACAGGCCAGCCUUACCCCGGUGGUUCCUCUGGCUACCCCAGUCACUUCCUGUCUCAGUAUCCCCCCGCGUUGCCACAGAGGCCUCCACCUCGCAUGGCCCCGCAGCCUGGCUUCAUCAUGCAGUAGAUAAAAAGCAGUUUCCCCUCGGAGGAGGACGCAGCGCGUGUGUCGUGGACUAUUUCACCACUGGGACCCCUCUGAGGACUGGGUUUCUUUGUCGUCUGCCUUCUCGGAUUUAAUGACCAAUUCACGACAGAAGAGGGCAGACCCUGGGCUGGCUGGUCUGGUCAUGUUCAACCGAAGCAGAUCUCAAAUCAUCUCUGCACUCUCUCAUUCCCGUCAUCGACACUCCCGACUAACUGACAAACCUCGACUCUCCCUUCAGGGAAAGCACCUGACGCAGGCUGCUGUAGCGACACCAGUGUCGCUCCUCACUGGGUCACUGAGCCUGGACUUUGUCAUUUAUCAGCACUUUGUUGUCUCCAGGCUGUGCCCUCAUGCUCUGCUGGGCCUGUGACAUCUCAGAGUCUCCGCUCCCUUCAACCUUCAAGUUCCUCCAGCUUUCAGGGAACACUAAAGUCACUCAAAUACAAAAGAAAAAAAAAAAAAGGGUUCGAUUUGUCCUUUUCCAUCUGCAGCGUACUCCUCUUAACUGGUAUUGUAUAUGCAAACAAAGAGAGACCCUGAUUACUGUGCAGUUCUGAUGAAAAAAAUCUCUCCAGGAAUAUAUUCAGGCGGACUGCAUCUAUGCUGUGAUUUAUUCUUCCUUUUUCCUCCCUCUCUUUUUAUUAAUAUAUAAACAUUCACAAGGUACAUAGAGAUAUUUGAAUUUUCAGCAACUCUUGAUAUGAUUAUAGUACUAACGGAGUUAUGAUAAUAAUAGCCAGGAUAGACUGAUUCACGUGUAACGGAGGGCUUUGGUUAACGUUCUAAAGAGAGUCCAGACCCGCCUGGUCCCAGAUGGCCCCGACUCUCGCACUCAGUCGGUCUCUGGGCGGAAGUCUGAAGCGAGUUGGAAGACGGAGAAAAGAAGACGAUCAGUGGCUGAAACUAAAACAAAUCACCAAGCCUUUUUUCGAAGCCUUGCCUGAAAUGAAGGAUUUGUGCUUAGCCAUACAGUUCAGAUGUGCGUCGUUUGUUCAGUGUGGGUUCCUGUUGUGAUGCAAACACUCCUUUUUUUAUAAUGUAUGUUGUCUUUAUCGCCCUCUGUUGGAAUUGGAAGUUAUGCCAAACAGAUCUUUGGAUCUAAGGCUACAUCCAUGCUACUUUUGUUUUGUUUUUUAUUUAAAAACACUUACAAGUUCCGGCGUUUAAGAGAACUCCAGAAUGUAGAAGUUCACUUUUAGUUCGAUAAAAUCAACCCAAAUGCUGCUCGUUCACUUUGAAAGCAGCGUCAGGCUCCGCCCCCCAGCGCCAGGGCCAGUCGAGUCAAAAUACGCUAUGCAAAAACACAAACAAACAAGGUGCUAGCCAAGCAAAUCACAUCUAUGCGUUCAGCUCAAACACUACACGGCCUAAAAAAAGAGCUCUCGUACGAGGUUGCGGGGGGGGGGGGCAAUCCACUUUAGCAACAUUAGCAACAUCGCCAUAACCUCUGUUAGCGACCUCUAGCAUUAAGCAUCAGCCCCUCCCACUGUCAAAGGUCUCUGUGGUACGAAAAUCUUCAUUAACACUUUUCAGUUUCACCUUGUCGUCAGUCUCCUUACAAAUUCCUUGUUGUUUUCUCGCUAGUAAUGCUUUCUGAAACUAAGCAAACGACCACAGAGGAGAGAGAGAGUCCGCUUCCCAUUUUGCCUGGUGCGCCUGAACGGUCACGUGGUGUCGUCAGGACGUAGAUUAUUUGAAUCCGAAAAUGUGGCUUUUAAUAGAAAACGUAUGAGUUUCUGUAUGCAAUCGGAUAGAACUACAACAAAUCAGACCAAUGACCUGGAUGAUGUAUUCCGAGCGACGGCAGACGCGUCAACACAUUUUCUUGUCGUAGUUUUCGACGAGAGAUGGAGAUCUAACGACUUGUUGCUUCUCUGUUGUCGUCCCAUUAAUCCCGCCUCUAACCCAGCACGGGUUUGCGAUUGGUUCCCUUGGAAAUCAAAUCGCUGGCGGACUCGGCUGAGUUCACCCAGGUUAGGAAAACAUGGUAUGGAUGUAGUCAGUUCAGUUUUCUGCGACACUGAGCACCAAAGAUUAGCCACACCAUGUUAUGUUCUAACUAUUCAGCUGUGGUCCUGUUUUGUUGUUUCGUUCUCUACCGUUGUUCCUUUCUAACGUAUCAGUUUGUGGUUUCUGAGCUGAAACACUUUUUUCUAACUUAAGUGAGCCAGAUUUCUCCCAGAGGAACUUGUCUCUGUUUUAAAGUCAGUCAGUUUAUUUUCUCGUCCUGGUUCUGCUGUCGCCGUGCACUGUCGACGAGCCACGAGUGCCUACAUUUGAAGUGACGUGUAACGGCGUCCUGCUGAUCACUCCCGUGUCGUGUCGUGUUUAGCCGCCACCAAGCAUUUAUUCUCUUCCUCUUCCCCUGCCACUGAUGUUCCGCCGCCACCAGACAGCUGAGAAGAAGAGUGCACCGUGUGACUCGGUCUGUCAGGUUUUGCUCUCGCACCAGAAGCAGAAAGGCCAGAGUAGAGUGAACGUGUGCAUGUGCCAGAAAAGACGAGACACCCUCAGGCGGUUUGCCUAGUGGUGCUGGUGCUAAUGCUUCGCCUCCGUUCUUCCUCCUCUGUGCUGAAACUUGCCUGAGGUGAAUUCACACGUACCCCCUUUCUUUUCUUUUUCUUUGUUUGUUUAUUUGUUUGUUUUACUUGGAUAAAGAACAACAACAGGGCUCUGAAAUGUUUAGCAUCAUAUAUCUCAGUGACGGUGAUCGUGUUUCACCUCAAGGCAAAGACGUUGACCACAGAACGGACGGAGCAUAUUUAUCAGCGGGCAAAGCCGCGAGAGGGAGCAGGAGCUUUUAUAUAAACCAGCAGUUGUAAUAACUAACAUAGAUAUUGGUUUUGUGCAUGGCCUUUGCUCUUUGUGUUCAGACUGAAGAUUCUUCUCUUCAGAACUCCCCCCCCUCGUUUUUUUUUUUGUUUUUGUUUUUUGCUUUAGCCAUUCGAGCUGCUUUUUACAUUUGAACUGAUCCACUGUAUUCGUGGUUUUAUAUGUGGUUGGUGAUAUUUUCAGUGUAAUGUUGUAGGUAAAUUUACUUAUAAUGAAUGUGUAAGUGGAGUUUAAUGCUAUUUUCAAGUUCAAUAAAUCUCACAUUUUUGUA